CCCUCCUCCUGCGCGCCAACCGGGCCCCCUCGCCCGUGCGCCGCUCGCCGCUUCCAGGGCGGCCCUCCGCGAGAGGCCUUGCCAGUAUGGCGAGCAACACGCUCCGCGGCGGAAAGAACACCUACACCGCCCGAUGCCUCCAGGGGAACUGGUCCGAGGAGCGCCACGAGCCGCACCAGCAGGUGGAUGGUGCCAUGAGGGCGCAGCAGCUUCCUCCGAACUCGGCGAAGACGUGGGGCAAGACGUCGGAAACGUAUGGUUUGAAUAAGAAGGACGAGAUGGCCAAGAACACGACGACAACCCAUACCGACAGCUGGUUGACAUACCAGAAGGCGGACGCCGACAUGUACACGACGACGCCGCUCCGCCGGUCGUAGAGGGAGCGGCUCGUGCCGCGGGUGCGGGAGCGGGGCGUGCCGAGGAGCUGGGCUGGUCGUGGGAGCGCGCAUCGGGGCGAUCGAAAUUCCGAGCGCAAGGGUAGUGCACUCGCCCAGUAUACUGCGGCACUGGAUCUCAAGAGUUGAGCUUCGCAGCUCCUCGUCGUGAGCUCGCGGCCCUGGGUCGUGCCGCCGAGGGCUCAGAGAACCUCGCGCCUGCGCGUGCAAUUCGAGGUGACGCUGCCGGCAGGCGCC